GUGGUGUCGCACAGAGAGAGUUGCACGAGAACUCUCCACCCGUAGAGGUGGCUCCAGUGGCUACGCCAUCAUUGUGGAGAGCGCCACGCACCAGACGCUGCUGUGGGCAGGACUAAGCAUGAGGGAUGCACCUGGUGAAGGAGAGUUUACGCUUGAUGGUGACCGAGUGUUGAUCGGUCGUAUGGUUACUCAGAUGGUUUGGUCCAAGCUUUUCUAUUACCUCGAGCAUCGACAGUUUCACAACUACCGAUUCCUUCUGAACGCACAAUCGGCGCAGUAUUUCCGUUCUCUUGACAUGGAGCCCAUUGACGGCCUUGUUCCGGGGUUCCACACUGAGAUCGACCCGAGUGUUGACUGCAAGGGCUUCAUGCUGGAACGUUUCCUGCAUCAGAACGGCCUCAGGAACAUCUUCGAGCGGGAUGCUGCAGGGUGGCCGCCCAUUUGCUUUGCCGCGAUGAGCAACAACGUCGUUGUGCUGGAAGCGCUUCUUGACCGAAAGGUGGAUAUCAACCAGGCUACGACCAAGCCCGCAACAGAAGUCAAUCUUCCUGCCAAGCUGACGGCUCUGGGAAUAGCUUGCUUACUUCGCAACAAUGAAGCUGUCGAGCUGCUUCUGUGCGCCAGGGCCCACGUGAAUUACAAGGAUGGUUUUGGUGGCAAUGCCCUGCAUAUCGCGUGUGCCGGGGACAAUCCACACGCAGUACGUCUGCUCUGCCAUGCUCGUGCCAAUGUGAAUCAGCAGUGCAUGCCAGGCGGCUCUGCCGACUUGGUUUCCGCUUUGCUCGAGGCUCGGGCGAAUGCGAAUGAACAGUUCCGAGUACACAUCCGGGAGCCCGGCUGGUGGCUUCUGAUGAAUGUCAUGGGUGUGAGGCAUCGGGUAAGCCCUUCCAGACUGACUAUGCUGGCUUAUCAUCAUUACGAUGCCACGCCGCUGAUGUUCAGCAUUCUGAGUGGUUCUCUGGAUUCUGUGUCCUCCCUGCUGUCAGCUCGAGCCCGGGUAGACAUCCAAAAUUACCGCAAGAACACGGCAUCCGAUCUGGCACGCCAGAUGCUAGCGCCAUCGUGGUUGAUCGAGCUCUGUUCUACUAAAGGCCAGCAAGACAAGGAGACCCUUGCCGAGAGCGACACGUUUUUCGUUUGA